UGCCAGGGAGACGGCGGCGCGGUUGCCGGGGCGGCCGGGAGAGCCCGGCUGGCCGCUGCCCGCACCGGCCCCUCUCGGCGGGGCUGCCGGAGGGAGAAAACAUGAAUGAGGCAAAGGAGGCUCUAAGAAACAUAGAGCAGAACUACAAGCUCUUCCUGCAGCAGCAGUUUACGUUUAUCGGAGCACUGCAGCACACCCGAGAGAAUGCACAUGACAUGAUCAGACCUGUGGCAAGCAUCAGCCAGGUACAGUCCUACAUGGACCAUCACUGUAACAAUUCCACGGACAGGCGCAUCCUCAGCAUGUUCCUAAACAUCUGUAACGAUCUAAGCAAGCUCUGCCACAAGCUGGAAACCGUGCAUUCUGGUAACAACAUAACCAACGGCAUUUUGGAGAGAUGCAAGAUGCUCCUUAGCCACAGCAACGAUCUGAGCGCCAUCCGAGCUAAAUACCCCCACGCUGUUGUGAAUCACCUGAGCUGUGAUGAAGCAAAGAAUCACUAUGGAGGCGUGGUGAGCCUCAUCCCCAUCGUUCUAGACUGCGUGAAGGAGUGGGUAGCCCACGCUGAGAAGCUGCCACGGCGCACGCUGUAUAAUGUGAGUGGUGGAAGUGCUGUCUCUGAGAAGAGGGCACCCCAGGAUGCAGCAGCUAGGGCAGCCAUUUCCCAAACACCACCUUCUGUGCACCUCGAGGCUCAGGUCUCAACUAGUAACAAAGAUAACGUGCAAGUGCAGGAGAGUGUGCAUGUCCGGAAGAGGAACCUAAAUGACACAGAAAAUCACAGCGGGAAACUUAAAGGUCCCUGGAAACCCCCAGGUAGACACGCCUUUUAAAGGAUCAAGGUUCACGCAUCUUCUGCUUACCAUCUUUAAUCAGGUGCCCGAUUCAAGACAGUGAAAUGAAUACUAGAGAUUCUGCCUAUCCGAGUGUUUCUGAGGAGUUAGCUCUGUAAGCCAGCCCUGACCAGACACAUACUCUCCCUUGCUGAUGUUUCCACUCUCCUACUUAAAGUCGUACCCCAACAGAAGUAGCUGUAACGCUACAGCCGGUCCCUUUGACCAGCGCUGUGGUGAGAGCAGGGGACAGUCAGGAGCAAUCAGGUUCUAAUCGCUCAGAUAUGAAUCUUAGGCAAGCUGCUUGAAAUGGGAUUUCACACGUUCUCAUUUCUGAGGAGCACCCGCUCACUGGCUGAAGCCGGAGGUGUAAAGAACCUGCACGUCUGAAGGACAGGAUGCAGAGCAGCAAAAGCCUCUCGGUAUAGAUUCAGAUAUUUGUUUGAGGUUCGGUCUUGUCCCUGAAGUUCCCUCACCCCCAGUGAAAUUGCCUGGUUAUUUGGAUCAAAGAAUCAAAGUCUACAGGACACUAAUGAUAUCUCCCUUACGUGCCACUGGCUACGGGAAAGGUCAGUGCGCUUUAGCUGCACCGACCGCGCUCUGCUGCAUCCUCCUUGCAGGUUCUCACGCCAUCGCCAGAACACACCUCUCAGAACAUCUUCCCUUAAACGUUUGACUCCUCUGCUGCCAGAGCUAGAGAUGCAAAGGAGGACAAACUUCACUUUGCUCUUAGUUUGGUGUACAGACAAUAUCCCAACUUGAAUAAAACAGCCCUGUCCUCCCCAGAGCUCUGCAAAGCCAACAAAGUCAUUUCUCGUCGAUGUGAUUCAUGGGAAUCUGGCGGGAGCAGAGAGACCGAGAGCGCUGUGGCCAUUUUCAGACCAUUCCUUUUCAAGUUGCAAGUUAAAAUGUCUGUGCUUUCCCUUUUUUGAGAUGAGGAUCUGGCUUGCCUGGCUUUCAAGGAUGUUACGAGGCUUAGUUCAUUAAAACUGCAAGGUGUUUGAAACAGUCUCAUGCUGCUUUUAUACCAGCACUUUGCGAUUCCAGCACAGUGACUUUGGAUCAGGGCUGAGAACAGCUUUACUUCCAGUUUGCUUAGGGAGGGUCAGCAGAGUCCCAGCCCUCCCCAGUCCCUGGAGCUGGUGUGCGUUUUUGGUGGUGCUUCUAUUCAAGCACU